GCACGGGUGACCUUUUACCUUGGCUUAGUCGCAUGUGUUUCUUUCGCGAUUGCGAAAUUUGUGUAGUUUGUGAGGGUAGACGAUCCACAAAGUAUCGAAAAUGGGGAGAUUAAACGUCACCAUGUUGCGUUACCUGACGAGGGAGGAUUUUAGAGUCCUCACAGCGAUAGAGAUGGGGAUGAAGAAUCACGAGGUCGUGCCUGCCAGCCUCGUGGCUUCCAUCGCCAAACUCAAGCACGGCGGCUGCCACAAGGUGCUGAAGGAACUCUGCAAGAACAAACUCAUCUGCUUCGACAGGGGAAAGACAUGGGAGGGCUACCGUCUGAUCUACAGCGGUUACGACUUCCUGGCGCUGAAGUCGCUGACCUCGCGGGAGGUCGUGGCCUCGUUUGGGAACCAGAUCGGGGUCGGCAAGGAGUCAGAUAUCUACAUUGUUGCUAAUGAGGAAGGGGAACAGCUGGUCAUGAAACUUCACAGACUGGGCCGCCAGUCCUUCCGUGCCAUCAAACACAAGCGAGACUACCACCGGCACCGGCAGAGCUGCUCCUGGCUCUACCUGUCCAGGCUGGCCGCCAUGAAGGAGUUCGCUUUCAUGAAGGCCCUGCAUGAACACGGUUUCCCUGUGCCAAAACCUGUGGACUUCAACAGACACGUAGUGGUCAUGGAGCUGGUCAAUGCCUACCCUAUGUGCCAGGUGCAUGAUGUGGCGGACCCUCCUGCCGUGUAUAACGAGUGCAUGGAGCUGAUCGUGAGGUUCGCCAACCACGGUCUGAUCCACGGAGACUUCAACGAGUUUAACCUGAUGCUGGACGAGAAGGACGGAGUGACCGUGAUCGACUUCCCUCAGAUGGUCUCCAUCUCUCAUCCUAACGCUGAAUGGUACUUCAACAGAGAUGUGCAGUGUAUCCGGGACUUCUUCCUGCGCAGGUUUGGGUAUGAGAGCGAGCUGUACCCAACAUUCGAUGAUGUCAGACGUGAGUUUGACCUGGAUGUGGAGGUUGCUGCCAGUGGCUUCACCAAAGAGAUGCAGGAGUCUCUGGAGCAGGGGAUGGAAGAGGAUGCCUCAUCCAGCAAACUAGAGCAAUCAGAAGCAUCUGAAGAGGAUGGAAGUAGUGAUGAGGAGGAAGAAGAUGCAGAAGGAAAUAUUGAGGAUGAAAGUAAUAAGGCUUCAGAAUCUUCCAGACCUCUUGAGUCAAAGGCAACAGAUGGUACUAUGAUGGACUCUUUGACACCUUCACACAGUAAUGUGGUAGACACUGAGGAAGCUGCGGACAAAUCUGUAGACAAGGACAAUGAUGAGCGUGAAAAUCUAGUAACUGACGAUAGAGUAACGCUAACAGAACAGGACAGCAAACAAACAGAUGAGGAUGAAGAAGGAGAGGUAUCGGACGCUUCAGAGGAUGACAACUUGAACUUGGAAGAUCUCAGCAUGGCCAACCGCAGCCAGCGUCCCUUCCGCGACGCCUCCAGCCAGAGCCAGCCGGUGUCCCACAGGACCAGGAGUUCCCCCAGCAUGAGCAGCUCUGUCUCCCAGGCCACCAUGGACAGGGAGUACGUGAGAGCAAAGGUGAAGCAGAGCCUGGUGAAGAGGAAGAAGGCUGUGCAGAAGAGACGGCUGCUGAAGGGGGAGGCUGGAGCGGUCACCCGCACACGCAGGGAGAACAGGGACAAUAUCAAACAGAGCUUGUCUUCUGUCUGGUUCUAGAGGGGAUUUUAUGAUCCAUACCUGGGACAGACAUUUGAUUUUGAGACACCCCUUCUGUCCCAAAGUCUGAAUUUCAUGACAUGGGAUUGAUGAAGACGACAACAUGUCAACAUGUGCUCCCAAAACAAUUGAGUAGGAAGGAACAACAUUUGAGGCUGGAAACAGCCCUUGGUAAUUUUUGUUGACAGUAAUUUUUUAUUUCAGCAACCUUUCCACCACAAAACGUGAACAGUACAGACAUUCUGUCAGUGAUGUCUUCUGUUUGUCCACAUUCAAAACACUGAACUACUCUCUCUUCCCAUACUGAAAAAUUUAGUCUUCUCAAAUCAGAACAGAUUUAGAGUACUUUGGUUUUGCCAUGCAAGAAAAUGGGAAACUCUCAACAUUUUCUGUUGUUCAGCAAAUACAAAUGUAUGUAAUGUUACAUGUAUAGUAUACAUGUCAGAAUGAUAAGAUGAAUACAAAGUAAUUUUGUCCUGCAUAAGUGAUAUGGCAAAGAGUUACAGUAAAUCUGAUAACAUAGACUUAUAUAAAGGAAGCUAAGGGCAUUCUUAGAAAUAAAACACAUUUAUGCUACAAAA